CCUUCUCCGGCCGCCGCUGGGCCGCGGGCGGGACGCCUGGGGCGGCGCGCUGGAGGAAAGGCUCCCGGCCACAGCCCCGGGAACUACCAGACGCCCGAGUCGGGAACGCGGGACACCGCGUCCGCAUUUGCCAGGGGUGCGGGGUGAGAGGCGCAGUCCCGGGCCGUGGCCGUCGUGAGCCGGCCGGGCUUUUCCUCCCGCUCACCCCGGCCGCCGGCCUCUCGGCGCCCGGGGCCCGCGCCGCCAGCCGCCCGGAUCCGCCCGCCGCGCCCCCUCCCCGCCCCUCGCGAGCCCCGGCUGUCCGCGAGCCGAUGUCCUGAGCUCGCCGCCCGCGGGCUGUGCGCCCGGCCAGGGGCUGCCUGGGCAGUUGGGGCGAGGCGCGCCGGGUAUGCGCCAUCACCAUGUCCCGCCUGGACUCGUGGCUCGGUGAGGUCCAGUGGCUGGGCUUGGUGGCGCUCUUCGUCGUGGCCUUGGGCACUGUGGGCCUGUACCUGGCGCAGUGGGCGCUGGCCAGGGCGCGACCCCGCUCCCCGAGGCGGGCGGCGGAGCCCGGCGAGGGCCAGCGCCCCGAGCCGGAUGCACUGCUCGCCUGGACCCUGACGCUGAGCAUCUGGAGGAAGCAGUGGCAGGCCGCCUGGGUGGCCGCCCUGAACGAUGAGGCCAAACGGAGAGCGGGCCCGCCACGCUUCUGCUUCCAGGAGGACCCGCUGCAGCAGCCCCUGGAGCUGGCCAUGGGACAAGUGUCCAGCGUGGCCCAGUCAGCCCAGGAGAAGGUGGUGUUUUGUCAUGUGGUGGGUGAGACCAUCCAGUUCCUGGUCAGCGUGGGGCUCCCCUCGUCCGAGGACACAGGGCGCCCGCUCUACAGUGUGCGGCUCUCCCCGCUUCAUCUACAGCUGGAGCUGCACAUGAAGGAGAAGAGAGAAGACAUUCAGAUCAAGUGGUCCUUCAUCAGCACGCCAGAGAUGGCCAUUACGAUCCAGCCCAAAGCACUGGGGGAGCAGGACCAGGCGGUUGGGGCGGACGCCGUCUCUGAAAGUCUCGAGGAUAUUCUGAAGCACCUGGUUACCUCUGCCUCCCCAUCAGUGGUUCUGAGCACAAAGCCUACGGAUGUGAGGGAAGUUCAGCAUCUGCAGCGCACUUCAUCUACUCAGGAAUCCUGCCCUCCCAAACCUCCAAGGGCUCAUGAGCUCAAACUAUUGGUGAAGAAUAUCCGAGCCUCGCUGCUGAGCCAUCCUGGUGCUUCAGGCAACAUUAACCCAGUAUGUGUAGUUCAGCUGAAUGAUCCCAUCCAGAAGUUCUCCAGCACCCUCUCGAAAAACACUACCACCCUCACUUGGGAAGAAGAAUUCACCUUUGAGUUGAAUGCCAAGUCGAGGGAGUUGCACCUGCAGAUUUCAGAGGAUGGGCAAUCCUCAGAAGCUCUGUUGGCGAUGACGACUGUCCCCUUGGACUUGUUCAAGAAGCAGCCUUCUGGGCCACAGAGCUUUACGCUGACCAGCGGGUCCUCCUCGGGCAGCUCAGCGUUGGGUUCGGUCACUGCAGAGUUUUCUUACAUCGAACCCGGUGAAGCAAGAUCCUGGCAAAUGCCUCCACCUGUUCCUGCUGCAAAGAUAGAAAAAGACCGCACAGUGAUGCCGUGCGGGACCGUGGUCACUACCGUCACUGCCGUGAAAACCAAGCCUCGCUUCGAUGCAGGGAGGGCGUCCCCGCUGAGCUCCGAAUCUCCCCUGAGAACACCUGUCAGGGUGAAGGUCAUCGAGAAGGACAUCUCCAUCCAGGCCAUCUCCUGCCACGGCGCCCCCGUCAGCAAGAUGUUCUCUUCCUCGGAUACAGAGCUACUGGUGCUGAGCGGUGCCGACCCGGUGGCCGAAGUCGCCAUCCGACAGCUCAGCGAGUCCUCGAAGCUGAAGCUCAAAUCCCCGCGGAAGAAGAGCACGAUCAUCAUAUCUGGGGUCUCCAAGACCUCGCUAUCUCAGGACAACGACGCCUCCCUGAUGCUGGACUACGCAGCCUCCAUGGACAGCACCUGCCAGAAGAAGGAUGCCCCGGGCCAGCCAGGGGCGGCCGUGGCCUCUGCCUCACCCGAACAGGAGGAGAAGGAGACCCCAGCAGGGGCCCGGCUGGCCCUGGAGCCCCAGGAGACUGAGCUGGAUUCCUGGGACUUGGAGGAGGAGCCACCGGCUGGGGCGUGGGGUGGCCAGGCCCCGCGGGACCCCGCUGGGGAUGAGCUGUCGGAGCGCUCCCUGAAUGUGUCUGAGCUGGAGCCGGGCACUUCCCAGAAGCGUAAAGGAGUAGAAGUAUCCAGAGCAUUGCGAGGGGUCACCAAGAGCCAUGUACCACGAUGGAGCCAAAGAGACCAGCCGGGUAGAGACUGGGGUUCCCUCAGCUGCGGAGAUGCGCACCCCUCCCCUUGUGUGCCUCUCAGACUCCCCCCUCCAAUGGAAAGCAAACCAGACUUCCCCACUCGACCCUAACAGGGUCCACGGGGAGACGUGCUCCCUGGAAAAUUAGCCCAUUAACUUAAUAUGUGUGCAGUGGUGAGGGAAUCACUGCAUUGGAAUAAGCGACUAUUUCCCAUUAGCGCUAAAUCAGUGGUCUAAAUCUGUAAAUGUCUUCAACGCAUGCAGUUUUUCCCAGACUGCUUUGGCACGAUGGUGACCUGAAGAUACUUGCCGAGGGAAUAUAGUCCAGAGGCUCGGGCCAGUUCUAGAUGUGACGCUUCAAGACUCACUGAGUCUCAGCUCCCUCCUCUGUAAACGGGGAUGUGCCCACCACGUGCGCCCACCUCCCCGAGAACCCCACCGGCCAGGCGGUGAUAGGAGAGCCCAGUGCAGAGGACAGGCUGGGAGAGCCCAGGCAGGGGCCGGAGCCAAACCAGCAGUCCUGGGUGCAACUCUGCACCAAGUCCCGGCUCCCCCGCGAGUGUAGACAUAGGAGUCUCAGCCACUCGGGUCGGGAACCUUGGGGAGCUGCUCUGUUCUUGGAGCCGCGGACCAGUGGUUCCUAGGUGGGGCGAUCGUGCCCGCUCCCCGGGAGACACCGGCCAUGGCUGGAGACCGUUUCAGUUGGCACAGCUGGGGGCAGAGGGCGCUGGGGGCUUCAUGUGGGUGGAGGCCAGGGGUGGCGCUCAACACCCCACCGCAGCAUCCCGUGGCCCCAGCGUCCACGGGGCCGAGCCGAGAGCCCCGCCGGGGGAGGUCGGCAUCCUGCCUUGCCCUCCUCUUUCCCAUUCGCUUCCUGGGCUCCCCCAUGACCCACCCCCUCGCGGGGGUGGAGGCAAAAGAAGAGGAGGAGAGAGAGGAAGGAGCAGUGUUCCUGGCUGUGAUUUUCAGACCCUGCGAUGGAGAUUGGGCUCCGUCUGCCCGCUGCCCGGGCUUGGCGCCUCAUCCCGAGGACCCCGUCGGGGGGCCGGGAGCAGCGUGGGAAUGCGCACCGCCCUCUGUGGUGGCUCCCUGGCUUCUGUUAUGGAAAAGGUGGCCC